AUGGAUGACAAGCUUCAUUCGAUCAUUGAGCUACCAACUAUUGCCGAUAUUGAGGCGUCGACCGAUGUUCUUAGUGUACGAACAAAUGCCAUCAAAGUGGUUCGAGUGAAGGAACGCUUCGCGGUCAAAAUGGGCAAAGUUCCUGUGCCAAAGGUUCACCCCAACUUCAUCGACCCAGAGACCCAGAAACGAUAUGUUGUUAUGGAUUACGUCCCUGGUACAGACUUGCAAAAGUUACUGCCGUCGCUCACCUCAACUGAGAAGACAAUGAUCAGCCAGAGGAUCAGACAGGCGAUCAAUGAACUGCGAACAAUACCAUCACCCGGCUACUUUGGGAGCUUGAAUUACACGCCUUACACCGACGGUGUCCUUUCAACUCCUGAUAACAACCCAAUCAUUUCCGGGCCAUUCGCGGAUCAGAAGCAGAUGAAUCAAGGAAUACUGGAGAGACUGGGCCAAAUGCAGUCUCCACACUACAUUCGAUUGUUGAAAGAAAUGGUCAACUGCACUCUCAAGAACCAUCGAAUUUGUCUUUACUCAUGGAGAUCUGCAACCAAAGAACGUAAUUGUGGAGCGAAGAGGGACACCAUGUUUGACGAAGUGGACGAUGCAUCGCGUCGGGAAAAGUGUUUCACCACCAUAACUCGACUGCCAGCUUUCAUUGAUCCAAAGCAGAUCCCGACCAAGAGAUCGCCAUUUUCGACAAUUCAGAAUCACGCAUUUGUACACACAGUUGAGGCAAUCCUACCAAGGGAGGUGUACGCACAGAUAAAGUCGAGGCUCAAGGACAAAAUAGAAAAGCCGCAAUAUGCACGAGUGUUCAUGGCUCCUUCUGCUCUGCUUGAGCAUGAUUUCUUCAACACAUACAUUAAGACAGGGAAUAUCCUGGUGAUAUCUGAAGGACGCUCGGGGUCCGAUAAUGUCUUUACCCUCCGGGAUGGGGUACUUCGCAUGGAGCUCGGGAAAGAGAUAUACGAACGAACAGGCCUCACGGGCAAGCCCAUUCGCAGCGGUGGCCGGAAACACGCAAAGGAAAGAUUCUUGGUGGAACUGAAUUUGCGGCUGCCCUCAAUGCUGCACGGCAAGAAAGGAUUCGAAAGAAUCGUGUGGGCAUUCGAAAAUGUUCUGAAUCAACGAAUGGCGUGGCUCUUUCACAACCUCGAAAGCAAGCCUGGAGGUGCAGAGGAGAUCGAUAACGAGAAAAUCAUCACACCGCCAUUUUGCCAGAACGAGCAAGCCCUCGAGGAAAUGGUAGAGGCAGAUCUGCAGGAAUACUGUGGCUCCCUGUCAGAAUGGAUUGCCAUGGUUCAGAUGAAUUCUCCCCGGGUAUCCGCGGAUGAUAACAUCGAUCCGUACCUGAGUCGCUAUGCUGUCCCAGACGCAGAUGAAAGCCGGGCUCUCGACCUGGUAAAGUUGAAAUGGCAUGGGCUGAUAUCGUCCCAGUGGGUCAUGCAGCUGUUCCUCAAUUUGCUGCAAAACACUAAGACCAGCAACUCAUCAUGGUUUGUACUUGCCGCAGCUGCGCUUGGUAAAGAGGCCGUCGAAGGAAGGGAUGGCUUCACGGUUAUGGCCAUUCCUACAUCUACAAGCAGUGAACAGUCCCAGGAAGAUGGACAAGCAGCAGAAGAUAAAACUGGGUCUAGUGAUCGUGUGGUUAUGGUCCUUGUGCCCUCUCGACAACCUCACAAUGAUACCACAGAGCUCUACAAUGGAAGAUACCAAUACUUUGCGUGGCAAUGA